AUGAAAUUUGAAGAAUGCGUACAGCUAUUAAGAGAAAAAUUUCCACAUGUCGAUCCAAAAUUGAUUGAAGAUAAAACAAAGUUGUAUUUGAUCAACAAGGCAGAAGCAUGUCUUCCUCAGGAGGAGAAAGAUUUCCAAAUAGAUGACAACUCGGUGGAAGAAUUGUGCAGGAUCUUUUAUGCAGAGGGUGGGGGGAAAAAAAAACAUGUGGACUCCCACCCAGAUAAGGUGCACAGGGAAGAUGCUGCGCAUAGCAAAGAGGGAGACAGAAGACAGGAAGAUAAUUCAUCGGGUUAUAAUAAGGAAAGUUCAGAGUCAUUGGUGCAACUGGGAGUGGGAGUGAAAAGAGACCAACCAAUCGAUGUAGUACAUGAAAGACCACACCUCAGUAACGAAGAACUCACGACAAAGGACAAAAAUACUACAAAAAAUCUCACACGGUUAAACAGGGCUUGUAACCCAGGAAUUCUGGAGGCUGAUCAGUUUAGCCCUACACAGAAGGACCUUUUUGGAGGGGGAACCUCUGAGGGCAGUAGCAAUGAGUUAAUGAAAACUGGAAGAGACGGAAAGAAGGGGGCGAGAGAGGACUCGGGAGGUGAUACCAGAUGGGGAGGAGAAAAUACUACAAAUGGUCAUCAAGCUGAGGGACAAAACGAUAUUAUGAAUAGGGCAGCAAAUAAGGAGAAAAAUGGGGAGGAAGAUUAUACCUCCAAGGGAGCUUUAAAUAGCCAGACGAACAAAGUGGAAAAGAGGGAAGAUGCCUUAGGAAACGAAACAGAGAAAGAGAAUAUCGCUGGAAUGCGAACUUCCCAAGCAAUAGGGAAGGACAUUUCCGAAAAGGUCAACACAUUGGAAACACCCAACUUGGCUGACGCGCCCAGUGCCACCUUGUUCGAAGUUAUCUUCCGAAAAUCCCUGCUAGAAAAUGACAACAUAAAACGGAACAUAUCAUCAAAGAACUUCUACAUAAUAGGAGAAGACAUGCUCGUGAACAUCACGAUAAUCCUCGACCGAGUUAUAUCGGAGCUGAUUAAUCAUUAUAGAAUAAAAAAAUUGGCUCCAAGUGAACAGGAACAACAUUUUGAAAAUUAUUUCAAAGUGGUAUACAAAUUAUUGACUAAUAUAAGUUACAAUUCGAAAGAGGAAAAAUAUAAAAUUAUAAAAUUCACUAACACUCAAAUUAGGACGUCUUUUUUAACAAAUUGUGAAAUUUUUAAUUUAACAAAAUUGUUAUUUGAAAUAUUAAAUUUUAAUACAAGUAGUAGUUACGGGCUAGCUAUUUCCUUUCCCAGUCAAGAAUCCAUUGCAAGGCCCGAAGAAAUGGGAAAAGACAUCGCAUCGUCAUCUUGCUAUGUAGAUAUAGUGUGGAAAUUUGAAGAACCCUUUAGCGAUAAAGAAUCCAUACUGUUCGAAUUUGUCCUGACCUGCGUCAAUAUAAUCAUGGUUAUGAUAAAUAAGAAAGUCCCAAGCAUUCGAAUGAGUAACGAAAAAAUAUUUGCAUCCGAUGGGAAAACAGAACAGAGAUUAUCACAAGAAAGUGAAAUUUCCAAAAAGUACUUUGAAGACCCGAAGAAGUAUCUGGAAAAAUUAUCAAAUAAUAUUUCCCCCAUAAAUAACAAACUGCUAAUUAUUCAUGAGAAGAACAAACAAGAACAGCAGGCCUUGAGUGACAUUCGUAAAUUGCACAAUGAGAAAUAUGCGGUACAUAAAAAUUAUGGAAAAGGUAGUUUUGCAGGUGGAAAAAACUCACAUGGCAUAUCCAACCGGAAUAAUACGUCCGCAGCGGGAAAGAUUUGCAAUGUGAAUGAAAAAAAAAAUAAUAAUUCUGCGGAUAAUCGUUAUUGUAAUAACAAAGAAUUGGGAGAUAAAAAUAGCUUACAGAAGGGCACCAAGAAGAUAAAGCAUUUUUUUAAAAAUUUAUUUAAAAAAGGAUAA